UUGUCUUGUCAGUUGCCAGACGAGUGCCGCUUCGAUCGCGACUUUCGAUUUCGUUCAUCCUCAGCAUCAUCGGCAGGCACCAAGGCACAUUCCCAAAUAGGCAGCCAGCCAGCCCUGCCAACUCAUAGUAAUUAUCUCCCAGACGAGACGAGACGAGACGAAAGACUCUUUUUCUGUGAUCCCGGGGCAGACAGAGUCCCUCAGUCUAUCAAGGGCCGUCAGCGUUUCAACAUCAUCUUCCAACUGCUUCGACAUGUGGCUGCUGCUGCCCAUACUGCUCUACUCGGUGAUCUUUCUGGCCGUGCGACACAUCUACAGCCACUGGCGACGCAAGGGCUUCCCCUCGGAAAGGGCCGGCAUCUCGUGGUCUUUCCUGCAUCAGGCCUAUCGCCGGGAAUUCCGACAUGUGGACGCCAUCUGCGAGGCCUACCAGACGGGCCGCGAGCGUCUCCUGGGCAUCUACUGCUUCUUUCGGCCCGUUCUCAUCGUGCGCAAUGUGGCACUGGCCCAAACGAUGCUGCAGCAGUCGAACGGGCACUUCAGCGACCUGAAAUGGGACUAUGUCAAGGGCUACAGGAGAUUCAAUCUGUUGGAGAAGCUGUCGCCGAUAUUUGCCACCAAACGGCUGGCGGAGAUGUUUGGCCAUGUGCAGCGUGUGGGCGAUCAUUUGAUAUCGCAUUUGUUGGACCUGGAACAGGCACAGGGCGGGGCACUGGAAGUGGACUUGCAGCAGAUGUUGAGAGUUUAUGCCAUCAACAUUAUCGGAAGUCUCAUCUAUGGUCUGGAUGUCAACAAUUUUGAGCAAAAGGAUCACAUUCUCAGCAGCUAUGUGAGCAGGAGCGCAGGCAAUGCCAGUUCUCAAUCAUUCACCCUAAGUCGCCUGCCACAGAAAUCCUCCUUCACCUACCGCCUCAGGGAUCUGAUCAAACAGGCCGUUGAGCAUCGCGAGGAACAUGGCCUGAUACGCAAGGACAUACUGCAGCUGCUCAUCAGAUUUCGCAAUGGCAACGAUGUCGGCGGGGAGAAGUGGCAAGUAGACAUGAAGAAUGAAGACAAACUUUUGUCCAUCAAACGCGUGGCCAAAGUGGCUGAGGAUCUGCUCAAAGUGUCCCUGGACUCGGUGUCCUCGAAUAUCACGCUAACACUCUUUGAGAUACUACAGGAGCCGCUGAUUGUGGAGAAACUUCAAGCUGAAAUCAAGGAACUGGCCACUGAGAAUAAUGUACUAAAGUUUGAGGCGCUCGAAGGUCUCAAGUACAUGGAUAUGUGUCUGAAAGAAACCGUUCGCAAGUAUCCGCCGUUGCCCAUCAUUGAACGCAUUUGCCGCAAAAGUUAUACGCUGCCCAACACUAAGUUCACCAUUGAUGAGGGCAUAACGCUGAUGGUGCCCCUGCUGGCCAUCCACCGGGACGAGAAGUACUUCAGCGAGCCCCUGAAAUACAAGCCGCUGAGGUUUCUACACGCGGAAAAGUCUGACGAGUGCCAGAGCAAUGCCUUCAUAGGUUUCGGCAUUGGCGGAGCUCAGUGUGUGGGGCAAAACUUUGCCAGGAUGGUCAUCAAAGUUGCGCUGAUCAAGCUGCUGCAGAACUUUCAUCUGGAAUUGGAUGCAGCCCGCGCGGAGAACAUAGAAAUUUCGCAUCAACCAGCGCCGUUUAUACGCACAAAAGACGGUCUGAAAGUCAGGUUGAAAAGACGCGAAAUAAAGUCGAAAUUUUACAACUAAGCUAAAAGUAAAUUAGUAGCGAGAGGCGAGAGGCGAGGUAGCGAAACUCUUUCAGCUGUUAAGUUCUUUAAUUUGUGUGUGUGUGCCGCCCCAUACCCCCACGCGUCACACCUUUUUCAACACUUUGUUGUCUGUGCGAGGCACCUAAAAUUAUGCUAUAAAUAAAAUGCAGUAUAUUAC